UUUAGUUUGAAUUCUACACAAAAUUUUCUAGAGAAUUCAGUUAAGUUAAAAUGGUUGCUUAUGAAUUAUAGAGCAAGUAUAAAAAUCGACACAUUUUUUAGUUUGAAUUAUACAAGAAUUUUAGCUCUAGUUACUGUUUUUACUCAUUUGCGGUUACUGUUCAUCCGAUCUCACUGACAUGUGGACUAAGCGGCAAAUAGAAGUGAAGUUUUGGUAGAGCGGUAUUUUUGCGUGUGCCACUCGGUAGGAUGAAAAAAAAAAGCAGUAGCCCCUCUAGAAGGAGAUAAGAGAGGGGAGAUGGAUUUUCCUCCGUUGGAUCCCACGCACAGCUGAGAUCGCGUGAAGUCACGGUGACCUGAAUUGAGGGAUCCCGAUCCGUGCGCAUCCAGCCUUCUCAGGGCAACGCAGCCCAGAACCACGCCGCCGGCCCUUCCCUUCCGCGGCCGGUUCCUCUCCCUCCCUCUGCCGGGCCCACCACCAGCCGCUCCUCUGUCCGCUGCUCCCUCAGUCCAGUGGAGUGGAGCGGAGUUGCGUCCCGCCGUGGAGGACUCGUUUCAUCUUUUGCUGGCAGAUUUCUUUUAUCAAUGAUGUGUCGUAGGCAGGGCUGAAAGAUUCAUAUCUCCCAUGCUCCUUUGGCGGCAGCCCAAAUGCAUUGCUGAGUGGUUCAGGCACAUGAAGGUUUUCCCUUGGGCCAUUUCUUCUUGCCCCUUCUCCAUGCUCGCCGCUUCAGUUCAAUCAGACGACUCAAGCGGUGAUGAAAAGCCGUAUUGUGCUCCUGAUAAUGAACUUAUCGUGAAACGACCCCGGUCUUUGAGCUCUGGUAGUGUUGUGCAGACACUCCGAUGCCUAAGGAGUAGGCCUGCUGUCGCAUUUGCUUACUUUAAAGAUACAGAGAGCAUUGGGUUCCACCAUGACUUCUCAACCUACUCAGAAAUCAUACAAAUUUUAUCCCAUUCAUUCCAAGGGAAGAUGUUGGUAUCCUUGUUCUCUGAGAUUAUUUCACCAACUGGUAGUGAUGGUCCUGAAAUCUUACUACUCAUUGAUCACUUCAGGAAAACAUGUGCCACUUCUCAGGCACUCUCAUUUUCAGGCAAUUGCUUAAUCAAGGCAUACACCACAUGCCACGAUGUACAAGCGACAAUAGAGAUGUUUGGUCACCUUUGCAGGCUUGGAUUUAUUCCAUCAGUUUGGGCGUGCAACUUUCUGCUCAAAUUUGUAGCUCAGAGCGGUGAAUCGGAGAUGGUUGUUGCAGCUUAUGAUCAAAUGAAGUGCUUUCAGUUGACUCUUGAUGCUUAUUCAUUAAACAUAGUCACGAGGUCGCUUUUUCAAGCAAAGAAGGUAGAUGAAGGAUACCAAGUGUGGGUUGAGAUGAUUGAAAUGGGAGUGAAACCGGAUGUACAUGGAUACUCAUCAUUUAUAAUUGGUCUUUGUGAUUGUGGAAAGUAUGAUCUAGCUUAUGCUUUUCACCAAGAGAUCACCAAGAAGAGGGUACCGAUUGAUGCCUUGGCAUAUAACAUGGUAAUCGAUGGACUAUGCAAAGAAAUGAAAUUGGAGGAGGCUGAAAAUGUCUUGGAGAACAAGACCAAACAUGGAUCUGCCGCUGAUGUAUAUGGUUAUAGCCAUCUCAUUCGUAGUUAUUGCAAAAUGGGCAAAAUAGAAAAGGCAUUGGAUCAUAUUGAAACCAUCAUAUCCCAUGGUAUCGAGAUAAAUUGUCACAUUGCGGGUUAUCUUCUACAGUGCUUCAGAAGGUUAGGCAUGACAUCUGAAGUUAUUGUGCAUUUCAAGAAAUUUAGAGAUUCAGGGCUCCAUCUUGAUGGCAUUCUUUAUAACAUUGCUAUGGAUGCUUAUUGCAAGCUUGGAAACAUGAAUGAGGCAGUUAAGCUACUGAAUGAAAUGAUGGCUGGGGGUUUGGCACCUGAUAAAAUCCACUAUACAUGCCUGAUCAAUGGUUACAGUCUCAAGGGAGAUAUACAAAAUUCUCGGCAGGCAUUCGAGCAGAUGCUGAAGGAAAAUAUAAAACCAGAUGUAGUUACAUAUAACAUUUUGGCCUGUGGAUUUAGCAGGAAUGGUCUUGUUAUGGAAGUAUUUGACCUUCUAGACCAUAUGAUGGAUCAAGGAUUGGAGCCUGAUUCACGCACCUAUGGUGCAACAAUUGAUGGUUUUUGUAGAGGAGGCAACCUGAGUGAAGCAGAGGUGUUAUUUAAUGUAGUAGAAGAAAAAGGGAUAGAUAAUAUUGAAGUGAUGUACAGUUCUAUGGUUUGUGGUUAUUUGCAUUCAGGCUGGACUGACCAUGCUUAUAUGCUUUUUCUUAGGGUUGCUAAACAAGGAAAUAUGGUGGAUCAUUUUUCAUGUUCAAAAUUGAUAAAUGACCUUUGUAGAGAUGGAAAUGUCAAAGGGGCUUCAACUGUAUGUAGCAUGAUGUUGGAAAAGAAUGUUGUUCCUGAUGUAAUUUCGUAUAGCAAACUCAUAUCAGCUUAUUGUCAGAAAGGAGAUAUGCGCAAUGCUCGCUUAUGGUUCUGUGAUAUGAUUGAGCGAGGCCUUUCUGCUGAUGUCAUUGUAUACACUACGCUGAUGAAUGGUUACUGCAGGGUUGGUCAGUUGCAAGAAGCAUGUGAAUUAUUUGUUAUAAUGACAAAGGAAAGAAUUAAGCCUGAUGUAGUUGCAUACACAGUGCUAUUGGAUGGUCACCUAAAGGAGACCCUGCAGCAAGGUUGGCAGGGCAUUGCUAAGGAGAGGAGGAGUUUUCUUCUUAGAGCAAAGCAUAAGGAGUUGCUGAGCUUCAUGAAAGACAUGGAAAUUGAACCUGAUGUACCCUGUUAUACAGUACUGAUUGAUGGCCAGUGUAAAGCAGAGUAUCUAGAGGAAGCUCAGGGACUGUUUGAUGAGAUGUUAGAGAAAGGACUUACUCCUGAUGUUUACACAUACACAGCUCUUAUAAAUGGAUAUUGUAGCCAGGGAGAAAUAGCCAAGGCUGAAGAUCUUUUCCAAGAAAUGAUAUAUAAAGGAAUGAAGCCAGAUGUACUGACCUUUUCAGUCUUACAUCAGAGAACCUUGAGAUAUCGGAAGGCUUAGUCAUAUUUAUGAUGUCCCCAUGGUUGUAUCUUGAUGAACAACAUUUCGACUGGAGAUCAUGCCAACAGAAAGCCACGCAGCGCUGUAUUCCGAGAAUCCUACCGGACAUGGUCACCAGUGCUAGUGAUCACCAGGCUUGUGUCCGCCAAGAAGGCGGAUGCGUCCCCCGUCAUGCUGCUGUGGGUUGCGUGAUGUUAUCGCACCCAUUGCAUGGGAAGACUGGUCCUCUUGGCACAUCAUUGGAUAGUCGGGCAGAAGAUCGGCAUGCUGGACGCAUUCAACGUCAAUACCAAUGGAACAACGAUGUUGUAAUGAGGAGAGCUCACAAUGUAGCAAAUGCAGCAUGGACAAGACCAGCACGGCAAUUAUCUUCAUUGUCUGACAUGUAUAGUGCCAGCUACCUCAACUGUCAUGUCAGAGGAUAUAAGAAUUUCUACUUCAAUGUUGACGGAAACCACUAAAAAGCACAGAGACAGUUGCAUCAGAAACUAUCCAGUGUACUGCAUCAGAAGAGGUUCAGAGUUCCGUUGCUGUGGCGGCUGAUGCUGUUGGCAUGGUGGAUGGCAGGGUAGAUCGUGAUGAAGACAUUGGUCAUCACCAUGUGGAUAAUGAUAGGAGGGAUUUUUUUUAAUAUUACAUUUUUGUACGGAUAUUACAGAAAUAAUAUAAAAAAUAAGGAAAUUGUAAAAAUAA